AUGGAAAACAAUGUUUGUGAAAACAACUGUGAUAAAGUCGAUAGAGGCUCUACGAAAAUUGAUCAUGUUAAUGGAUUCAACGGGUGCCCAUUUAGUGAAAAAGUUGAUAAUAGUGUUAAUGAGAAAAAGUCAGUGAAAUCGAACUUGCGUUUGAAAGUACCGGCGCCGUUGAGACUGAAAAAUCAUUUGUUUUCCGAAGAAAAUGUUGAUACGCUGCAUUCUCAUAUUGACGAUGUCACACAUUUCAAUACCAAAUGCACGGAAAAAGUCUGCCAGGGCAGCGUCAUGGACAUCCCCGGCCGAGGGAACUCCUUAAGGAGUCAAGAAGAUGUCACGAAAGAUGCACAAUUAUUUCUUAGACAAUACUUUUCAUCCAUAAGGAGAGAAAAUACAGAUGCACAUAUGAAGAGGCUACACGAGGUGGAAAAGGAAAUUAAAACAAAAGGAACUUAUCAGUUGAAGACUCCUGAGUUAGUUUUUGGUGCCAAACUGGCAUGGAGGAAUGCCGCUAGAUGCAUAGGUAGAAUUCAGUGGAAGAAACUUCAGAUAUUCGACUGCAGAGAAGUGACCACAGCCAGCGGAAUGUUCGAAGCUCUAUGUAAUCACAUAAAAUACGCAACAAACAAAGGGAAUAUAAGGUCAGCGAUAACCAUAUUUCCUCAGCGCACAGACGGCAAACACGAUUACAGAAUAUGGAACCCGCAGCUGAUAACAUACGCUGGAUAUAUAGAACCCGAUGGGUCAGUGCUGGGUGAUCCGGCUAGAGUUGAAUUUACUGAGGUUUGUAUUAAGCUCGGAUGGAGACCACCGCGUACUCCGUGGGACGUAUUGCCGUUGGUGUUGUCGGCUGAUGGGAGAGACCCGGAGUACUUUGAAAUUCCUCGUGAAAUCGUCAUGGAAGUACAUAUAGAGCACCCGAACUACGAUUGGUUUAAAGAUAUGGGUCUGCGCUGGUAUGCACUACCAGCUGUUUCCAAUAUGAGGCUCGAUUGUGGAGGACUUGAGUUUACCGCGACUGCUUUCAACGGCUGGUACAUGGGCACUGAGAUUGGCUGCCGUAACUUUUGUGAUGCAAACCGAUUGAAUAUUGUCGAGUCUGUCGCUCAAAGAAUGGGUCUGGAUACGAGUUCCUAUGUUUCUCUCUGGAAAGACAAAGCCCUUGUUGAAGUUAACAUCGCGGUGUUACACAGUUUCCACAGAGAUAACGCGUCGAUAGUGGACCACCAUUCUGCCUCGGAUCAAUUUAUAAAGCAUUUGGAUAACGAAAAUAGAAGCAGGGGUGGGUGUCCAUCAGAUUGGAUAUGGAUAGUGCCGCCAAUGUCUUCCUCGCUAACAGCUGUUUUCCAUCAAGAAAUGGCCUUGUAUUAUGUUAGACCCUCCUACGAUUAUCAGGAACCAGCAUGGAAGACUCACCAAUGGUCUAAUUCUGACGGUAACAAGCCGCGUCGAAAGUUCCACUUUAAGCAAAUCGCGAGAGCUGUCAAGUUUACUUCGAAACUCUUCAGCCAAGCUCUCUCGAAACGUAUCAAAGCAACUAUUCUGUAUGCGACGGAGACGGGCAAAUCUGAACAGUACGCGAAGGAGUUAGGGUCCAUUUUCGGGCAAGCCUUCAACGCUCAGGUUCAGUGCAUGGCAGACUACGACAUGUUCUCGAUAGAGCACGAAACACUCCUCUUGAUCGUAACUUCAACUUUUGGCAACGGCGAGCCGCCUGCGAAUGGCGUCGCCUUUGCUGAGCAUCUCUUUCAAAUGCUUUACAACGAAAAGAAGAAUCAAAAUGAACAGAUAGACAGUGCUGGCUAUAAAACACCAACACCCAAGUCGUUGAUGAGAGCUAACAGCGUUAUGACACCUCGCAAUGAAUACAAAAGACAAUUAUCUCGUUUGGAGUCCAGUAGGAGCAAUAAUGAAUAUAAACGGACACUCAGUCGACUAGAAUCCAAUAAGAGUAGUCUCGGAGGUGCAUCUACUGUAGAACACAUUGGUCCCCUCAGUAAUAUUUGUUACUCCGUCUUUGCCCUGGGUUCUAGCGCUUAUCCAAAGUUCUGCUGCUUUGGUAAAACUGUAGAUAGAGUACUUAAAGACUUAGGUGGUGACAGACUUCUUGAUGUCAAUUGUGGGGACGAAAUGUAUGGACAAGAACAGCAAUUUAAAACUUGGUCGUCAAAUAUUUUCCAUGUUGCAUGUGAAACAUUCUGUUUAGAAGACGACACAGUUAAAAACGCCCAAAAAUCUUUCGGUGAUCUACCAUUAACAAAAGACACAGUAAGGUUUAGCAGUGUCGAAAAAGGUUUACAUAUGAAGUCUGCUCUUGAAACGAGCUAUAAAAGAACAUUAAUUACUUGCAAAGUGGAAGAAAAUAAAUGUCUAGGAGAUUGUUCGACUGAUCGUGCUACUAUAUUUGUUGAUAUGAAUGUUAAUGAUGAAUUUAAAUACGAACCAGGAGAUCAUAUAGGAAUAAUGGCUUGCAAUCGUAAAGAAAUAGUUGAUACGAUAUUAUUAAGACUAAAAGAUGUAGACGCUUGUGAUAAGCCUUGUCAACUCCAAGUGCUGAAGGAAACACUAACGGCCAUUGGUGCUGUUAAAACUUGGGAGAAACACGAACGCCUACCCGCAGUUACUAUUAGAGAAUUAUUCACUAGGUUUUUGGAUAUAACUACGCCGCCGUCUACAAGGGUUUUGAAAUACUUAGCCAGUGUAUGCACUGAUACAAGUGACGCUGAUUGUUUGAAGGAACUCGUAGAGGAUUCAACCAAAUAUGACGACUGGAGAUAUCACUUCUACCCUCAUCUCGGUGAAGUGUUGAAACAAAUUCCAUCGUGCAGACCUCAAGCUUCACUAUUAGCAGCAUUAUUGCCUCCUUUACAACCGAGAUUUUACUCGAUAUCUUCAUCACCUUUGGCACAUCCUAAUAGAGUACAUAUCACCGUUGCUGUAGUAGUAUAUAAAACACAGAAUGGAGAAGGCUCAACUCAUUACGGUGUAUGCUCGACAUAUUUGCAGAGUCUAACGCCCGGCGAUGAAAUCAUCGCAUUUAUUAGAAGGGCUCCUAAUUUCCACAUGCCUCUAGACCAUUCAGUUCCACUCAUAUUAGUAGGUCCUGGGUCUGGUAUAGCGCCAUUUAGAGGGUUUUGGAAUCAUCGAAGGCACCUUAUGGAGAAUAACAGUUCCGAACAAUAUGGCCCUAUCUGGCUAUUUUUCGGAUGUCGAUACAAAGGCAUGGACUUGUAUAAAGAGGAAAAAGAAAAGGCUGUGAAAGAUAGAGUUAUUUCAAAGGCUAUGGUAGCUUUUUCCAGGGAAGAAUGUGUUACUAAGAAACACGUACAAGCUCUUCUGGAAGACGAAGGUGAUGUAAUAACAAAAAUGCUUCUGGAUCAAGGAGGCCACUUUUACGUAUGUGGUGACUGCAAAAUGGCUGAAGAAGUACAACAAAAACUGAAAGAGAUCAUCAAGAAACAUGCAAAGUUAUCAGACGUGGAAAUUGAUGACUUCAUCUUGUUCUUAAUGGAGGAAAAUAGAUAUCACGAAGACAUUUUCGGUAUUACGCUUCGAACGUCAGUGGUGCAUACAAAAUCACGUGAAACAGCCAAAAGGACCCGUUUAGAAUCUGGACAGUCACAAACAUAA